CUUUCUGUGUUUCCUCCUGCUGUUGCUGAGGACAGCUGCUGUUUGUCCGACACCAGUUUAAAAUGGCGUUCCUCAGUGAGCUGAAGCAGGACACCCAGAACGCUCUCAAGUACUACAGAGCUGCGUAUAGUCUGGUGCAUGAGCUCAGAGCCCAUGAGACCAACAUGCUGGAGAUCAAAACCAUGGCAGGAUUCAUCAACUAUAAGAUCUGCCGUCUGUGUUUCCAGCACAACACGCCUCUGGACGCUAUAGCUCAGUUCAGGAAGCACAUCGACCUGUGUAAGAAGAAGAUCGGCAGUGCUGAGCUGGCCUUUGAACACUCGGCGUGGAUGUCUAAACAGUUCCAGUCUUUCGGCGAGCUGUUCGAUGAGGCGAUAAAGUUAGGUCUGACCGCCAUCCAGACCCAGAACCCAGGUUUCUAUUACCAGCAGGCCGCCUGCUACAGCCAGGACCGGAAGCAGAUGGCCCAGCAGCUCUGCCAGGCUGGAACCACCUACCCUUCCCCUGACCCUCUGGACACCCAGAGUGGAGGACUGGACUUCUACGGCCAGAGGCCCUGGAGACAAGGACACCAGAGUAUUGAUCCAACUGAUCCAGAGAAGGAGAAGAUGGGGAUUCUGGCUCUGCAGAUUAAAGAGAGAGACGUCCCCCACUCGGAGCUGAUCAUUGCUCUUCUCAGCAAUGCUGUUGCCCAGUUUAAGAAGUACAAGUGUCCUCGGAUGAAGAGUCACCUGAUGGUGCAGAUGGGAGAGGAAUACUACCAUGCUAAAGACUACACCAAGGCCCUGAAGUUGCUGGACUAUGUAAUGUGUGAUUAUCGCACAGAGCGAUGGUGGCCUCUGCUGACGGCCAUACUGACCACGGCGCUGCGCUGUGCUUAUCUGAUGGCCAGUGUGAAGGACUACAUCAUCUACUGCAUGGAGCUGCUGGGCAGAGCUUCUACCCUUAAGGAGGAGCAGAAGUCAAGGAUAGAGAAGAACCUUUUUAAAGUGCUAAUGAACAAGGUUCCGGAGGCUGAGGCAGAGUGUGAUCCGUCUUCUGUCAGCGCCGCCAGGUCGCUGUGGAGCGACCGCAUGGCUUUGUCAGGAUCCAAUGAACUGACCGUGGAAAUGCAGGACUACAUCCCAUUCAUUCAGUGCAAAGCGCGGUUCCAGUCUCCUAGCUUCCAUGUGGACCAGCCCAUCCAGCUGCAGGUGUUCCUCAGGGCUGACUGUCCGCACCCUGUGUCCUUCACUAAGCUCAGCGUCAGCCUCAGCAACCAGGAAUACAACCAGUGGUGUGUGGUGGAACCAUCGGGUCCAGAGACCAGGACGCUGUCACCAUGGAAACCUGAAAGCUACAGCUUCAGCUUUGUGGCCAGAACUGAAGACGUGGGGCGGAAGGUGGAGAUUACCGGUGUGGAGGUGAUGCUGGGCAGUGACGGCGGCCGCUGCGUGUUCCUGAGCUGGAGAGGCGCUGGCGGAGAUGCCGCCUCCACCCAGGAAGCCCUGCAGGCCAGCAGGUCGUCACGGCGAUGGGGGCGGGGCGCCGAGGCCCGUCAGGAGCCGGACUGGGACGGCGUGACGCUGCAGCACAGCACCAUGAUCAUCUCCAGGGUCCCGAAGAUCAGCGUCCAGCUGAGCCACCAGCCUCCUGCUCUGUCCAACGAGAUGUACCGCAUCGGCCUGACCGUCCAAUCACAGGAGGACGCUGUAGCCAGGGAUGUUAGGCUCACCGCCGGUCUGAAGCCAGGUCAGGAGGCCGGUCUGGGUCAGAACACCCAUGUGACGCUGGACGGGUCGGCCGUGUGUGACGACAGCGCCCCGGCUCUGCUCACCGAGGUUCCUCUGGGCGAUCUGAAACCAGGAGAACAGCUGCAGACGUGCGUGUUUGUGAGGUGCGUGUCAACCGGGCCGCGGGUCUUCCUGUUCCACGUGGCCUACAGCAUCGACACGGCUGUGGAAGGACGGCGCAUCGUGUGCAGAUGUCACAAGGAUGAGACAGUUGCUGUAGAGACCGUGGUCCCGUUUGACGUCUCAGUGAAGUUCGUGUCCACCAAGUUCGAACCGCUGGAGCAGGUGGCGGUGGAUGUCCCCUUCCUGCUGAUGACCGACGUCCUCUCGUCUUCUCCGUGGCCUCUGCUGCUAAGCUCCUCCCAGCUGCAGCUGCUGACGGUGACCAGCAACACUCCUCAGCUGCAGUCGCAGCUUCAGCAAGUGGUUCUACAGACGGGUGAAGGAGCCAGUGAGUGUUUCUGUCUCCGAGUGCCACCGGGCGCCAGCAGCAACAGCACCAUGGCAACAGGACAGUACAUCCUGUCAUGGAGGAGGAAGUGUUAUGGUUCCGACGGCCCCCUGAUCCAGACCACCGUCCCUCUGCCUCAUGUCGUCCUGGAGUCUGUCCCGCUCUACAUCUACGCCGAUCUUCCUUCCUUUGGACGGGUCAGAGAGUCUCUUCCGGUCCGGUACCACAUAGAGAACAGGACGGCCCAGCUGCAGGAGGUGGAGAUCGCUGUGGAUCCAUCAGAUGCCUUCAUGUUCUCUGGACUCAAACAGGUGCGGCUCCGUGUGCUGCCCGGUACCGAGCAGGCCCUACUGUAUAACUUCUACCCGCUGAUGGCGGGCUACCAGACGCUGCCACAGCUCAGCCUCAGCCUGCCGCACUGCCCCACCGCCAGCGGCACCGCGCUCAGACGCUUCCUGCCACAGCGCAUCUUCGUUAAGCCUCAGGGUCGGCAGGCGGACGACGCCUCCAUCGCUGCAGCCUGAGGAACAUCCCUGACACGGAGGACUCGGUCAGUAACACUAUCCAUCACCAUGUUGGACCCAGCAGCAGCGCCGUGGUUCUGGAAGGACCGGAACCGGAUGAGGGACGCCGGUCCUGAAGUCAGCUGCCUGUUUGAUGUUUGCAUGUCAGCUGUGAACAUGUCAUGGAGGAGAGAAUAAAUAUUUAACAUCCAUGUUUGAUAAGCGCGUCU